AUGUACUUCCUUGCGGCGGUGCAUGUGCUUCUCGCUAUUAACGUGUUCUUAUUCGAUGUGCUCUGUUUCUUUAUACCUUGGCCGCCGGUUGCUGCUUGCACAUUCGGGAGACAUCUCAGAGUGUGCAUGGUUGCAUCCCUCAAUUGGUUACUGCUCUCCUCCGGUUGA